AUGAACCUCUCAACAAAGGAGCUUCGAAGUGCAACCGCGCGGGUGGGGCCACUUGGGGAUGCCUCAGGCUGGAGCCGUGGACUCUACGCGACUACCAUGGUCUUCUGGGUGGGGCAGACGUUCAACACGAUGCUCUGGCGGGUCGAGCCUGGAUUUCGCUGGAUACCUGUGGUUGCCGCCGUGCAGGCGGUCAUUGCUGCCUGUGGCUUGCUUCUCCUGCCACGGGACCGAAGACCAUUCGCACAGAGGUCGGCGGCACUCUUCAUGGUUUUCCUUCCGAAGUUUGUUCCAGGAAUACCCACAGGUGGCAAGUGGGGCGAUGCGCUUCUACAUGGAAUUGCAAUCCCCGUGCUCAUUCUGAUGGCCUUCGCUGGACCCACUCGCACGGCACGGCUUCCUCUCUUCGGUCCCAUGCUGGUUCGACUCCUUUUUGCGCAAAAUCCCUGCCGGUCCCAAAAGGACGCCAACCCCUCUGACAGUGUGCAACUGCAGAGCUGGCAGUUGGGAAAGCCAGGAGCAUGGAGAGCUUCUAAAGAAGACGAAGACGAAGACUUCGUGUCCAUAUGA